GUACCAGUUAACUUGAUUACUCUAUACAUACGACUAACUGCAAAUGGCAGACACAUGCGACAAAAAUUCUGCCCCUGCUAAUGUUAAAGAGAAAAAAUCACUUCUAGAUGAGGAGAUUGGAAAGGACUUCCUCACCUCCUGGAAGUCAAUGGCAGUGACAGAAGAUGAUGCCAUGGAUUUUAGCUUUGACACAGUUCCAAAUGGAAAGAAAAAAUUCAACUUUGAUCAACUGGAUAUGGAUUUUAAUUUGGAUGGUGACUUUGAUAAGUUAUCAUCAUUUAAAGUGGACAUGCCAGACCUUGAUUUUUCAUGCCCAUCAACAAAGAAUGCAAAAACCAAGGAAAGAGCUGAAGAUGACUGUUCCACUGGAAAUCAUCAACCAAAAAAGGACUUCUUCAACUUCUCUUUUGAUUUCAACGAUGAUGACUUUGUGAAGGAUACAAAAACCCGGGGCAAAGUGGUGGGUAACUCAAAGCCUGUUAUCGGCAAACUACCAGAUGAUGAGCUUUUUUGGCUGAGAAAUGAAAAGAAUGUCAAGAAGCUUGGUUCUACCGGGAAGGAGUUGAACAGUGUGCAAAAUGAGAGUAAACUGGAUGGUGAUUUAAGGCAUCAAGGUGAACAAGUGACAGAACAAGAGCCUGCUAAUCUAGGAAGUCAACAGAAUAUGGGGGAUGACCUUCAUGCCAGUGAUGUCCAAAUUGGGAGUGAAUUGGUGGAUAUUUCAAAGUCAAUUGUCAGAGAGUCAACAGAGGGUGAACAUGGAUUGCUUAGAAGUGAAAACAACAUAAAGAUUCUCAAUGAUGUCAGGGAGGAUGCUGAGUCUGAUGGUGCACAACAUGAGAGCAAAAUUGUUGGAGAUUUAAGGCCAAAAGAUAAACAAGUAGCAGAAGGGGAACCUGUUAAGCAAGGAAGUGAAAAAAGCACUAGGUUACAGGUUGAUCAUUUCCCAACUCAGUACCCUCCAAUCUGGGAGGGUUUCACUACUAAUGAUGAUGUGCAAAUUAAUGACAUAAUGGUUGUUUCAAAGUCACUCUCCAAAGAAUUAAAAGAAAUGGAAUCUGUUUCUCUGGGAAGUGAAAAGAAUGUUAAAUGUCUCAGUCAUAUCAGAGAGGCUAUCAAUGCUAAUGGUGGACAAAAUUGUAGCAAAGUUGGUAAUUCAAGGCCACUGGACAAUGUAGCAAAAACAGGAGAAUCGACUAAGUUAAGAAGUGAAAAGAAUUCAGAGGAGGUUACAAAUGAUGAUGAUGUACAACACUUAAGCAAAGUUGUAAAUAUAAAUCCACAGGAUAAACAAGCAAAAACUGGAGAACUAGUUAAGCCAAAAAGUGAAAAUUACUCAGGUUUUCAUGCAAAUUCGGCUGGUUUACAUCAAAAUCAACUUAAGCUAAGUACUCAAGCAAGUGGAAAUCCAAAAUUUGCCAUUUCAAGCACACACUCUAUCCAAAAUCCGAAGAAUGUUUCUGUUGAAGAGCUUAAAACUGUAAAGAGGACAUCCAAUCUUUCUACCUUGAAAAAUUUGAGGAAUAUAGGAGGAAACAAAGAUAUGCCAAAUUCUACAGUUUUAAGGCAAAUUAGUUUAUCUAGAAACCCGGGACAGACCGUAAAACUUCCAGGAAUUACAAAAUCCACUAUUGGUCAUCUUGUUGGUGGCAUUGAGAAACAAAAUCCUGUAACGCCAUCCUUGAAGCGGAAAAAGAUUGAGGAAUCAAGUUCAGAUUUAGUCUCCUUGAAAUCCCUUAAACAUAUCUCUGAGUCACCAAAGGAAAGCAGAAAGUUGAAAGAAUCUCUGGGAGGAGUUACUGAAGGAGAGAUCAAGAAGCAUGAGAAUCAACGACCAAACGGGGCCAAGAAUGUUCUGCAUGGACAUACAAGCCCUAGACUUGAUGUUGUAAGGGAUGUCAGCUUGACUAAACUAGAAAUUCAACUGGUCAUGGAGAACGAUGGAAAUGUGGAAAAGGCAGAAGCUUACACAAAAGAGCUUGAGGAUAUUUGCAACAUGCUGAAGAAGAAACAUGAGGAAGCCAAAGAAAUAAUGGUGCGAGCUAUUGUGAACAACAAUAAUCUACUUAUGCUGAAUCAUCCAAUCUAUGAAGAGAAGAUUCGCAUGGUUCAGAAGUUUGCCACCGAAUUAAUGUGCAAGGAAAUCCCAACAUGAUGACUGGGGGCAACAGCAAUGAUUUCAGGGAUGGAAAAUAUGUUUGCUUUGCUGAUGCAAUUUCUAUCGAAGGAUUACAUCUUUCAGAGAUAAUGAGUUACUCCAAAAUGGUUAGAAAAUUGUUAUCUCAUAGGUUUUACUUCAACAUUUUCUGUUUCUGCUCUUGCAUAUUCUUCAAAUCAUGAUACGCUUGACAAACCCCGGUAAAGCUACUGCUUGAGCCAUGUUACCUGUGUAUAAUAUCUUCCAUGAUUAAAUAACCAAUAAAUGGACAAGUUGGAAAUUUACAGAUA